AUGGAAUGGCAAUACUUGGAUAACGUCAGUCGUAAAAAUUUAAUUAGACGUCAUCCUAACGCAAGCACUCCAGAAAAUUCAGCAUUGAUUGCAAUAAAACAAUCAAAGCAAAUCAGAGGAACGGCUUCAGCCGAAAAGAACCAGCUAAAUGAAGAGAAUCCAAAUUGGUCGACAAAUAAGAAAAGGAGACCCUGUAUCUUCUGCAAUAACAAUCACUGGGAUAGCAAGUGCCACAUAUAUUCCACAGUGGAGCAGCGAAUUGAUCGAUUGAAGGAAAUCAAUGUUUGCUGUAAUUGUUUUAAAUCUGGACACAACGAGCUCAACUGCAUAAAAAGAGCAAGUUGUUUUUAUUGCAAAAAAUCCCACAAUAGCGCCCUUUGUACCACUAAGACUCGUGAUUCUGGGAAGAUUGUUGCCAAAAAUGCAAACAUAUCUGUUAAUUCAACUAAGAAAGUUGAAAAGAAACGAGUACUGCUUUUAUGUAGAGAAAUUAAUGUCUUUAAUCUUGAUAAACCUAAACAUCAAGUACAAGCUUUAGUACUGUUUGACGUCGGCGCAGAUGCGAUCUUUAUCUCACAAAGGCUAGCUCAUCGACUAAAUCUCCUAGAAACUGAUGAAGAAGAAUAUAAGAUCUCUUCCUAUGGCAAUAGGACUCCUCGAGUAUGCCGCACAACUCAAACACAAAUUGGAGUGAAAACGCAAAACUCCGAUCAAGUGACUAUCCAAGCCACUGUAAUGGAUUAUUUGACAAACGAUCUUCAAGUGAUGGAAGUGGUAGACCAAGGUGAGAAUUACCAUCUUAAAAGUUACAAGAAACAACCUGACAUAGUUAUAGGAGCUGACUAUUUCUUCAACUUUAUUCAUAUGGAAAACGCUCAGCAACUAAAGUCAGGAUUCACUUUACUGAACAGCAAAGUUGGACCCACCAUAGCAGGAAGCGGUUAUACAAAUGAAUUGUGCCAUCACCAGAUCUUUGCAACGAAGACAUCUCAAGAAAACCGUGCCCCAGAUAUAGAUCAAUUUUGGAAGUUGGACUGUAUUGGCAUCCAAGAUCGAUCUGAUACACAAGAUGAUGAACAGGCACUGGAACAAUUUAAGAAGAGUAUCACUAAACAAAAUGGAAGAUACGAAGUACGUUGGCCAUGGAAACCAUGCAAAGGCAAAUUGAGCGAUAAUUAUGGAUUAUGCGUCAGCCAUUUGCGAAUGCUAAUAGAACGACUUCAGUCCCAUAAAGAGGAAUUACAAGAAUAUGACAAAGUAAUGCAAGAUCAACUACAAUCUGGCAUAAUCGAAGAAGUACAAUCACAAAUGAAUCAAGAUGGAAUUAUUCAUUACCUACCACAUCAUGAUGUUCGUAAUUCAGCUAAAACUACCACUAAGUUAAGGACUGUUUAUGAUGCUUCAGCGCACAUAAAGGGAAUGAAAAGUUUAAAUGAAGUAUUAUAUCGUGGAUCAAUUAACCUCCCAGAUCUUGUGGGAGUAUUAUUACGCUUUAGAAUGAUGAAAGGGGUAAUCACAGCUGACAUUGAAAAGGCAUUCUUACAAAUACAGUUACACCCUUCAGAGAGAAAUUGUACUCGCUUCCUUUGGCUAAAGGAAGUAGAAGGAAGUAUAUCCAACGAGAAUAUAAAAUGUUACCGUUUUAGAAGAAUCCUGUUUGGAAUAAUAUCAUCCCCCUUUUUACUAUCUGCUACCUUGAAUUAUCAUUUGGAAAACCACGUUAGUGAAUUAGCCGCAGAAAUAAAGAAAAACCUUUAUGUGGAUAACGUUAUUGUGUCAUCAAACGGAACGCAGGACGCAUUAGAAAAAUAUGCGGAAAUGAAAUCCAUCUUCAAUGAAGCCUCAAUGAAUCUAAGGGAGUUCUUAUCUAACGACGAAGAAUUUUAUGCAGAACUGCCACAGCAAGAUCGAGCAAUAAGAAAAAAUACGAAAAUCCUCGGCAUCUCAUGGAAUCCCUGUCAAGACGUCAUUCAGAUAAAAUUAAAUCCAUGGAAUGACCGAGAACUAACAAAAAGAACGAUCUUACAGUUUGUUGCAUCACAUAUGAUCCACUAG